AUGCCGUUCAUCAUCUCUGUGGACUUGGUCGCCACACCUGGACUAGAGGGGAAGUGCCCUCCUGGCCGCCCUCCCGGGCCUCCCGCCCUGCAGGGAACCGUGCCAGGGAUUCUUCUAUGUCUCUUUCAGCUGGGGCUGCCAAAGGCCCCGGCCAUGCUCAGAGCCUUCAAGCCGCCUGGUGCUGAGUGUUGGUGCAAGGCCCUGUGGCAGAACCGGGGCCCCUGGGAGCCUGUCCCCCCUUCAGCUGUGCAUCUGGGUGCCCAGCAGAGUGCUACGGUGGCGAACCCAGUGCCCAACCCGGUGCCCGGGGCCAACCCAGACCUGCUCCCCCACUUUCUAGUGGAGCCUGAGGAUGUGUACAUUGUCAAGAACAAGCCAGUGCUGCUGGUGUGCAAGGCCACACCUGCCACACAGAUCUUCUUCAAGUGCAACGGGGAGUGGGUACGCCAGGUGGACCACGUGAUUGAGCGCAGCACCGACGGGAGCAGUGGGCUGCCGGCCAUGGAGGUGCGCAUCAACGUGUCGAGGCAGCAGGUGGAGAAGGUGUUUGGGCUGGAGGAGUACUGGUGUCAGUGCGUGGCCUGGAGCUCCUCGGGCACCACCAAGAGCCAAAAGGCCUACAUCCGCAUCGCCUACUUGCGCAAGAACUUCGAGCAGGAGCCGCUGGCCAAGGAGGUGUCCCUGGAGCAGGGCAUCGUGCUGCCAUGCCGCCCGCCAGAGGGCAUCCCCCCAGCCCAGGUGGAGUGGCUCAGGAAUGAGGACCUGGUGGACCCAGCACUGGACCCCAACGUGUACAUCACACGGGAGCACAGUCUGGUGGUGCGGCAGGCCCGCCUGGCUGACACGGCGAACUACACCUGUGUGGCCAAGAACAUUGUGGCACGCCGCCGCAGUGCCUCAGCAGCUGUCAUCGUCUAUGUGAAUGGUGGGUGGUCGACGUGGACCGAGUGGUCCGUCUGCAGUGCCAGCUGUGGGCGUGGCUGGCAGAAACGGAGCCGGAGCUGCACCAACCCGGCCCCUCUCAACGGGGGCGCCUUCUGUGAGGGGCAGAAUGUCCAGAAAACAGCCUGCGCCACCCUGUGCCCAGUGGACGGCAGCUGGAGCCCAUGGAGCAAGUGGUCAGCCUGCGGGCUUGACUGCACCCACUGGCGAAGCCGCGAGUGCUCUGACCCCGCACCCCGAAACGGAGGCGAGGAGUGCCCAGGCGCAGACCUAGACACCCGCAAUUGCACCAGCGACCUCUGUGUGCACACUGCCUCUGGCCCCGAGGAUGUGGCCCUCUACGUGGGCCUCAUUGCGGUGGCCGUGUGCCUGGUUCUGCUGCUGCUUGUCCUCAUCCUGGUAUAUUGCCGAAAGAAGGAGGGACUGGAUUCCGACGUGGCCGACUCAUCCAUCCUCACCUCAGGCUUCCAGCCCGUCAGCAUCAAGCCCAGCAAAGCAGACAACCCCCAUCUGCUCACCAUCCAGCCUGACCUCAGCACCACCACCACCACCUACCAGGGCAGCCUAUGUACCCGGCAGGACGGGCCCAGCCCCAAGUUCCAGCUCUCUAAUGGGCACCUGCUCAGCCCGCUGGGCGGUGGCCGCCACACGCUGCACCACAGCUCGCCCACCUCUGAGGCCGAGGACUUCGUCUCCCGCCUCUCCACGCAGAACUACUUCCGCUCCCUGCCCCGAGGCACUAGCAACAUGGCCUAUGGGACCUUCAACUUCCUUGGGGGCAGGCUGAUGGUCCCGAACACAGGGAUCAGCCUUCUCAUCCCCCCAGAUGCUAUACCCCGGGGGAAGAUCUACGAGAUCUACCUCACACUGCACAAGCCUGAGGAUGUGAGGUUGCCCCUAGCUGGCUGUCAGACCCUGCUGAGUCCCAUCGUUAGCUGUGGGCCCCCCGGAGUCCUGCUCACGCGGCCUGUCAUCCUUGCGAUGGACCAUUGCGGGGAGCCCAGCCCCGAGAGCUGGAGCCUGCGCCUCAAGAAGCAGUCAUGUGAGGGCAGCUGGGAGGACGUGCUGCACCUGGGUGAGGAGGCGCCCUCCCACCUCUACUACUGCCAGCUGGAGGCCGGCGCCUGCUAUAUCUUCACUGAGCAGCUGGGCCGUUUUGCCCUGGUUGGAGAGGCCCUCAGCGUGGCCGCAGCCAAGCGCCUCAAGCUGCUCCUGUUCGCACCUAUGGCCUGCACCUCACUUGAGUAUAACAUCCGAGUCUAUUGCCUGCAUGACACCCACGAUGCCCUUAAGGAGGUGGUGCAGCUGGAGAAGCAGCUGGGGGGCCAGCUGAUCCAGGAGCCCGGGGUCCUGCACUUCAAGGACAGUUACCACAAUCUGCGCCUGUCCAUCCAUGACAUGCCCAGCUCCCUGUGGAAGAGCAAGCUGCUCGUCAGCUACCAGGAGAUCCCCUUUUAUCACAUCUGGAAUGGCACGCAGCAGUACCUGCACUGCACCUUCACCUUGGAGCGCGUCAGCCCCAGCACCAGCGACCUGGCCUGCAAGGUGUGGGUGUGGCAGGUGGAGGGCGACGGGCAGAGCUUCAACGUCAACUUCAACAUCACCAAGGACACAAGGUUUGCUGAGCUGCUGGCUCUGGAGAGUGAAGGGGGGGUCCCAGCCCUGGUGGGCCCCAGUGCCUUCAAGAUCCCCUUCCUCAUUCGGCAGAAAAUCAUUACCAGCCUAGACCCACCCUGCAGCCGGGGUGCUGACUGGCGGACUCUGGCCCAGAAACUCCACCUGGACAGCCAUCUCAGCUUCUUUGCCUCCAAGCCCAGCCCCACAGCCAUGAUCCUCAACCUGUGGGAGGCACGGCACUUCCCCAACGGCAACCUCAGCCAGCUGGCCGCCGCCGUGGCCGGACUGGGCCAGCCAGACUCUGGCCUCUUCACGGUGUCGGAGGCCGAGUGCUGA